CAUUUUCAUCCUGCCUGACUGAAAUCCACAGCCAGUCCACAGCAGAGCCGCUACACUAUAUUACAAGCUGCCUCUGUAACACUAAGUGACUAGCAGGAACUACCUUUUAAUGCUGAGCCUGUUGAGGAGUUCCGAUGUGGUUGUACUGACAAGCCGCCGAGCGCACAAGCACCAGCUAUUUCCUUGAACAGGCGGUGGAAUCGCGGAGUAAGAUCGGAGGCUGAAGGAAAGGCAAGUUCAACUAAUAAGGGACACGUAUCAAGGAGGAGGGUGGGGCUCAGAGCACCAUGGCUCCCUUCCUACGGAUUGCCUUCAAUGAUUACGAACUGGGCGCUCUGCCCCCGCUGUCUAACCCGCCCUUCUGUGCCAUCAAGAUGAGAGAGUCACUAAACACAGAGCGGGGGAAGACCCUGGUUCAGCACAAACCCACCAUGUACCCAGCCUGGAAGUCCACUUUCGAUGCCCACAUCUACGAGGGGCGUGUCCUGCAGGUGCUGCUGAUGAAGACGACUGACGAGCCUCUGUCUGAGGUCACAGUGGGCAUGUCCGUGCUCGCCGAGCGCUGCAAGAAGGGCAACGGUCGUGCCGAGUUCUGGGUGGACCUACAGCCUUCUGGGAGAGUGAUGAUGGCAGUGCAGUUCUUUGUGGAAGAUUCAGACACAGAGAGUAAGCAGACGGUGAAGGAGGAGAAUGGGGAGCUGACUCUGAACCGCCGAAGAGGCGCCAUCAAGCAGGCUAAGAUCCACUUCAUCAAGAAUCAUGAGUUCAUCGCCACCUUCUUCAGGCAGCCCACCUUCUGCUCCGUAUGUCGAGAGUUUGUCUGGGGACUCAACAAGCAAGGCUACAAGUGCAGACAAUGCAAUGCAGCCAUCCACAAAAAAUGCAUCGACAAAAUCAUCGGAAGAUGUACGGGGACAGCGGCCAACAGCCGAGACACCAUGUUCCAGAAGGAGCGUUUCAAGAUCGACAUGCCACACCGCUUCAAGAUAAACAACUACAUGAGCCCCACUUUCUGUGACCACUGUGGCAGCCUUCUUUGGGGACUGGUCAAGCAAGGCCUCAAGUGUGAAGACUGUGGGAUGAACGUCCAUCACAAGUGUCAGACCAAAGUGGGCAAUCUGUGUGGCAUCAACCAGAAGCUUCUGGCUGAGGCGCUCACCCAAGUUGGCCAGAAAUCCACUACUCAGCGUCCUGAGCCCAUUCCAACGGAUCUUGGGAUCUACCAGGACUUCAGCAAGAGCCCAGGUCCAGAUGUGCCGGAUAGCCCUCCAUAUGGGAAGUUGUGGGAGAACUCUGGCCCUGGCACUAUCCCCAACCCCAUCCCUAACCCCAUCCCUGUCCCCCCGCGCAUACCCUACCAGACACGCGUCAGAAUAGACAACUUUGUGUUCCACAAGGUGCUUGGCAAGGGCAGCUUCGGCAAGGUGAUGCUGGCAGAGGUGAAGGGCCGUGGCGAGUACUUCGCGGUUAAGGCUCUGAAGAAGGACGUGGUUCUGAUGGACGAUGAUGUAGAGUGCACUAUGGUGGAGAAGAGAGUGCUGUCACUAGCCUGGGAAAACCCUUUCCUCACACACCUGUACUCCACCUUCCAAACGAAGGAACACCUGUUCUUUGUCAUGGAGUACUUGAAUGGAGGAGACCUGAUGUUCCACAUACAGGACAAGGGACGCUUUGACCUGUUUAGAGCCACGUUCUAUGCUGCUGAGAUCAUAUGUGGACUCCAGUUCCUCCACUCCAAGGGAAUCAUCUACAGGGAUCUGAAGCUGGACAACGUAAUGCUGGACUGCGAUGGGCACAUCAAGAUUGCAGACUUCGGAAUGUGCAAGGAGAACAUGUUGGGGGAGAAUCGUGCCACGACCUUCUGCGGGACGCCAGACUACAUAGCACCAGAGAUCCUCAUAGGCCAGAUGUACAGCUUCUCAGUGGACUGGUGGUCCUUUGGGGUUCUAGUGUUUGAGAUGCUGAUUGGCCAAUCACCCUUCCAUGGUGAUGAUGAAGACAAGCUGUUCGAGUCCAUCCGCAUGGACACUCCCCACUACCCUCGCUGGAUCACCAAAGAGUCCAGAGACCUGCUGGAGAAGCUGUUUGAACGGGAUCCCACUCGCAGGCUGGGUGUAGUCGGAAACAUCCGUACACACCCCUUUUUCAAACCCAUUAACUGGACAGCCCUUGAGAGGAGGGAAGUGGAACCUCCCUUCAAGCCCAAAGUGAAAGCCCCCAAUGACUGCAGCAAUUUCGACCGGGAGUUCCUGAGCGAGAAGCCGCGCCUUUCUCACAGCGACAAGAACUUCAUCGACUCCAUGGAUCAGACGGCAUUCGCUGGCUUCUCCUUCGUCAACCCAAAGAUGGAGCAGAUAAUGGAGAAAUGCUAGAGCUGGCUGCACUGAGACCUCACCCCAAAUUCCCACUGACCACACCCCCAUGCCAAUACUCAGUAGAAUAAGUGCACAAAAGAAGGGGGAGGGACAGAGGGUAGCUCCAGCGUUAAGGUUCUGUACAUUCACUGCUGGUUAGGGUCCAGUGGAGAUGUUAUCCAAUUUCUCAUGAUCAAACCUUGAAUCGUGAAAUAUUUAACGUAAUGUCUUUGUGAUUGUAAUAAACCUUGUGUAAAUAUACACAGACACACACUCCUGCCAUCCUACCCUCCACCCUUUAAAAAAAAUCUGGUACUGGUAAUGGUAGAUGUCACUUUAUGCAUGCUGGGGUGAGAGUGGGGUGUAAGGAGUUUUUUAGGAGUGGUAUAGAGCUGACCCCCGUGGAUCAUGAACUUUGGGGCACUAAAAGGCCUGUAGCCACAGAGGGGCACCAGCUAUGGGAGGAGAACAGAAGAACCUCUGAAACUAAGAUCCUCCACAGCAUCAACAUUCACCCUCAGGGCUGUGUCCUUUCUGGGGUUUCUCACACUCGUCUGUGUCAGUUAUCUCUCGAAGGUCUAUAGAGGACUGAUAAAACCAUCAGGGCACACCUGUGUUUUCAUCCAUCAACACUGCAUUGGUCUGGAGACAACAAGGACGUUCUACCUGAUCAGGAGGCUAACUUGAAGUCUGGAAUAUCGGACCAUGUGUGUGCAUGCACACGUGUGGGCAUGCAAGCGUGUUGUGCAUGUGUUUGUAUAUGUGUACAAGCAGGAAACGUGACUGAGACAGAAGGGAUUCACUGGCACUUCUGUCAACACCAUGUGCUGAUCCCAGUGGAUCAUUCUGUUUCCAUCAUAGAAAUCCAGGACUAUUUCCAGUCCAAUCUAGUCCAGUCAGUGACUCCAGCUUCUAAAACUGGUGACAUUUAGAUUUUUAAUAUUUACUAUGAAUUCAUUAUCUGGUAAUGGGAAGAGACUUUAAUAGCAGCCAAGGGUAAUAAUAGAGUGGGUAAUGGGAAAUUCUUGGGAAGGAUCUUUUAUUUUGAAACAGACCUUAGAUGGUGAGGAAUGCAGAAUACACUGAUGUCUGCUGUGUAGUUUGUUCUAAAGAAACGUCCCGGUUGUUUCCUCUAUCGUUCACAACAGAUCAUAGCUGCAGACGCCUGAGGCAGGUCUGUCCCAGAGAGAACUCUCGUUAGAUCCUGUCUGUGGAUGUGACAUCCUAGCCAGUCUUGACAAAUUUAGUCAAAGUUAGUAUUUAGGUCCAGACUUUGGUUAAGUCUGUCAUUUUAUUUCAUUUACAGCCAGACCCACCAUCACACGCUUGUCUGACAGAAAACAACCACAAAAAAAGAGCAAACAUGAUUUGUAUGUGUCAAAUCUUGAGAUUUGCAUGGUGCAUUUUGGAAAGCUGCAGAUGGGCCUGAUGUGAGCCUGCUGUGAUGCCUUUCUGGUGCAGCUCUGUGAGCAGAGGGUUUCAUUGCACCAGUCAAUGGGAAUCCUGACCUUCUCUCACUUCAUGUAUUGUGAGUACUGUCAUUAAUAUUGUCUGAUUGUCAAGUGAUGUAGGUACGGUAGCGGAUCUUGUAUGUGAUGAUGUCACUUUGUGGGCGGGAAUGGGAACCGAGAGUCCUCCACUAAGAGGUACUGAAUGAGAAUAUAUGUGUAUAGACCUGAAUAUGGUUAUUUUAAGAUGAAAAAUAAUAAGGUCCUGUAUAUAUAAUAAUAAAUUGCUCUAACAAAUAUAUUAUUGCUGAGCUAUGGAUGUGCUUUUUUACUGUCUUCAUCUUUUACAUCUCUUAAUAUGAAUA